UAAAUUCUCUUUUUCUCUCCUAAUAAUCCAUUUACCAAACCCUAAUUUCAAUCAUUUUCCUCAAUUCCCUCUAUUCAUACUUCAUAAGUUCAACUUUUUUUUCUUUUUACUACUCUGAUUAGGUUUCUGAAUUUUGAAAUUUCGAGUUAGUGCGUUAGCUUAAUCAGGUACCGAGCGAACUCGGCGCUGAUUCAGUCGUCGCCGCCUCCGCCAUGGACGGCAACAAGGAUGAGGCGCUGCGCUGCCUUCGAAUAGCUGAGGAAGCGAUCGCAGCCGGCAACAAAUCCCGCGCCCUCAAAUUCAUCGGAAUCGCUCAGCGGCUCAACCAUAACCUCCCCGUCGAUGAUUUGCUGAACAUGUGCGAGUGCCUCGAUUCUCAGUCCUCUGCGUCUUCUUCUUCUUCAGAACAUAAAGGUAACGAAAAUCGCGUUAAGAGCAAACCGAACGGUAUAUCGAAAACUGAUGACGAGGGUUUGAACGAGGAGAGGAAUUACACGGAGGAGAAUGUGAAGUUGAUUAGGGAAAUUAAAUUGAAGAGUGAUUACUAUGCGAUCUUGGGAGUUGAGAAGAGUUGUUCGGUUGAAGAGAUUAGAAAGGCUUAUAGGAAACUUUCCUUGAAGGUUCAUCCGGAUAAGAACAAGGCACCAGGUUCCGAAGAGGCCUUUAAGAAGGUCUCAAAAGCAUUUAAAUGCUUGAGUGAUGAUAGUUCUAGAAGGCAGUAUGAUCAGACUGGAUUGGUGGAUGAAUUCGAGUACAAUCAGCAGUACAGCGUUCCGCGCCGGAGGAGGAGAACGGCAGCAAGCCGGGAUUUCUUCGAGGAUGAUUUCGAUCCGGACGAGAUAUUCAGGGCAUUUUUUGGACAAUCUGAUGUGUUUGGGAGGCAACAUGUUUACAGAACAAGGGCAACCACCCAUGAUCAUCAUUAUCAAAGACAUGGUUUUCAGGGUGUUGCAGGUGGAACGGGGCUUAAUAUUAUGCUCCUUGUUCAGUUGUUGCCGUUCUUGAUCAUUUUGCUGCUUGCUUACCUGCCAUUCUCUGAACCUGAGUAUUCUCUGUACAAGAAUUACUCAUACCAGUUUCCCAAGACCAUAGAGAAUUAUGGGAUUCAAUAUUUCGUAAAGUCUCAAGCUUUUGAUCGUAACUAUCCACAGGGGAGUGCUGCUCGCACUACCAUUGAGGACAAUGUUAUAAAAGAUUAUAAGAAUAUGCUUCGGCGUUAUUGUCAGAUUGAGAUUCAGAGGCGGAGUUGGAAUAGGAAUCUGCCUACUCCUCACUGUGAAAAGUUGCAAAACUUUGGAGUAGUAGCCUGAUGAAGGAUAUCUAUUGGAGCACUGCUUGUUAAUUGUAACAGCUCUGUGCUACUUGAUUUGUUGCCAGUUAAGUGUCAUGUUCAUCGUGCUCCGAGAAAUCUCUGGCAAAUAUGCUCGAAAAUGUGCUCUUGCCGCUGCUGGGACUGACUUGGAUGGGAUUAUCUAUUAUGUUAGACAUGGUUAACAAUUGUGCUGAACAUGACAGCAAAAAAGUACACAAGUCAUCAGUAUCAUUAAUGAGGCCCUCGAAAAUAAGUCCAAGAUUUGAGCUGGGUAAAAAAUAGAGUACUAGUAUGCAACAACCUACAUAAAGUAGAUUGGAAGCAUGCGUUGAUACUUGAUAAAUUAUCGUUAUGUGCUACUGCUCCUUCAUUCAAUUGAGUGAAUAUUCGAUAAGGUGGUAAUAUCAAAUUGAAUUUGUGAAUUCUCCUUUCCUAUCAUUAGGAAGUAUGGCUUUCUGUGAUUGGUAAUGAACUUCUAUUAUCUUGUGGGACCAUAAUUCCACUUUACUCA